AUGACACAACAAUCGAACAUUGUUUCACCACUGCUCACUGACCUCUAUCAAAUUUCGAUGGCCUAUGCUUAUUGGAAAAGUGGAAAACAUCAAGAACAGUCUACAUUUGAUCUCUUUUUUCGUAAGAAUCCUUUUGGUGGUGAAUUUACAUUGUUUGCUGGUCUUGAAGAUAGUCUAAAAUUCGUACAAAAUUAUAAAUUUCAAACAUCCGACAUUGAUUAUCUUCGCAACGUAUUGCCCGAAUAUAUCGAAAAGGAAUUUUACGAUUUUCUAUUGACAAUCAACAUGAAUGAUAUUAAAAUAUAUGCGUUGCCUGAAGGUGAAACUAUAUGUUCAUCUACUUUCUGCUUUAUUCUUUUAAUUUGUCAUUUAGGUUCUGUGGUUUUUCCUCGUUUGCCGUUGCUUCGUAUUGAAGGACCUAUUCUUAAAGCACAACUACUCGAAACAACCCUUCUGACACUUACCAAUUUUGCCAGUUUAGUAGCAACGAAUGCUGCUCGAUUUCGUGCUGCAGCGCAACCCACUAAAAAAUUUCACGAAUUUGGUCUACGACGUGCACAAGGUCCAGAUGGAGGUCUUAGCGCCUCAAAAUAUUGUUAUUUAGGUGGCUUUGAUGGUACGUCAAAUGUACUAGCUGGUAAACUUUACGGAAUUCCUAUCCGAGGAACACAUGCACAUGCUUAUGUUAGCUCAUUUGAAAAUCUUGAUGAGUUGAAAGUUCGAGAAUUGUCUGAUAGAAUCACUGGUGAAUCACGUCCAUUUGCUCAAUUGUGCUUGAAAUUUCUCGAUGAACUCGGACCAAUACUCAAAAUCUUUCCCGAUCAAACUAACAAAGGUGAAUUAGCUGCAUUUAUUGCCUAUGCUAUCUCGUUUCCUUCUGGCUUCUUGGCAUUGGUCGAUACGUACGAUGUUCUCAAGUCUGGUGUCCCGAACUUUUUGGCUGUCGGUCUUGCAUUAAAUGAAUGUAAUUAUCAAGCGCUUGGUCUUCGUUUGGACUCUGGUGACUUGGCUUAUUUAUCAUUGGAAGUACGAGCAAAUUUUGUUGAGGUCGCUCGUAAAUUCAAUAUACCUUAUAUCGAACAUUUGACUAUUGUGGCAAGUAAUGAUAUCAAUGAGGAUACGUUGCAUUCAUUGGAAAAGCAAGGACAUGAAAUUGACAUAUUCGGUAUUGGAACACAUUUAGUUACCUGUCAAAAACAACCAGCACUUGGUUGCGUCUAUAAAUUGGUUGAAUUGAAAGGAACACCACGCAUCAAAGUAAGUCAAGAUAUCGAAAAAGUGACGAUACCUGGUCGAAAAAAUCUCUAUCGAUUUUACGAUAGUAAUGGUUUAGCAUUAUGUGACUUGAUGACUAAAUUUGACGAACCAGAACCAAUUGCCGGCACUCGAAUGCUCUGUCGGCAUCCAUUUUUCGAAACGAAACGUGUCUAUGUUACACCAACAACGGUACAAUCUAUGUAUAAAUUGUAUUGGGCCAAUGGCCAAAUUCAAUAUGCACUACCAACAUGGCAAGAAGUUCGUAGUUAUGCUCAACAACAAAUCGAAACAGUGCGUAAAGAUCAUCGACGAAAUCUUAAUCCGACGCCGUACAAGGUUUCUGUGACCAAUGAUCUCUUUUCGUUCUUACAUAAACUUUGGAUGAACAGUGUGCCGAUUGGCGAACUUGCCUAA